AACUACUCUGCAAGAUAUUUGCGUCGGCACCAUGAUACCAGAUCAUUCUGUGCUACAUGCUGCGCCAGGCUGAUUUCAACUUCAUCGUAGUUCAGUUGGCGGUACUUGGCUUUUUGCUCUGGUGGUACUUCGCGCCCAUCAAGAAGUGGGCAUUGGUGAGGUACAGGAUUGCCAGAGCAGCCUAUUUGAAGGUCCACAGCCGAAAAAGACAAUUGGAAGAAAAGCAGGAGCAGCAACAUGUUGAGGAUUCUGAAGAGAAACAGGCAGUUGAAUCUGCGGAAUAUGUUGCAGGCCAAAGUGCCCGCCAAAGGGGCAAAAAGAGCAAGGCGACAAAGCUGCAGGAGCUCUCAGCUGCUCGAUUGCUAGACGCGGUAAUUUCAUCUGACUCUGACGCUUCGAGCGAACCGGAGGAGGAUUGUCACAAGUGCCAACAAGAUCCUGUCCAAGAAGUACAAAACCGAGGAGCAACGGGAUCCUUGCUUUCAAGAAGUGCAGAGGUGACAAUCAUGCACGAGCUGAGACCGGGAAAGGCAGAUCAAUCCGUUCUGAAAGCAAUCACAUCAAUAUCGAUGGACCUGUUUCAAUGUGAUGUGUGGGAGCUGAUCUCCAAAAAGAAUAGGCUGAAAGUCUCUGCCUGUUUGAGAUGGACCGGUUCUGACUGGAAGGCUGUGGGCCUGGCUCUCUACCGAGUUCAGCACAUGCUCCAGGUGGUGUACGUUGGGGUGGAACCAGAGUACCGCCGGCAACAUGUUGGGCGAGCACUGGUGAAGGCGUUAAAAGAGCUUGGAAGGAAAGAUCUGAACUGCACGGGAGUUGUAGCAGUCGUGAACAAGCAUGAUUUCCCUGAGGCAGUAACAUUCUUCAGAGCUAUUGGCUUCAAGAAGGAGGAACUCAAAGGAGACCCAAACAAGGUAGGCCUGAGGAUGGAGAUCAGACGACAAGGAAAGCGCAAGUCCGAGGGGUCUGGAGCUUCUCAAGGCACUUGCUUCCCACUGGAAAAUUUUUUAUGUGAUUGAGUUUCGUUUCGCAAAUUCGUUUUUAUUUCUAUUUUUGCGAGGGCAAUCAUUGCUGAUAUGGGAGUAGGUUUUGGCGCAGGCAGACAGUCGCUAUCAGAUAGAGACAGCAUGAUUAGAACUGAAUCAUUCACAUUUGCACAAACUUUUCAUCGUUGGAAGCGAGCCGAACUUAAAGCUGAUGGCUCCACGCUGGCUUGGUCCUGGCUCAUUACGCACUGGUGCAGUUGUGAGUACUGUUCUUGGC